GUCCAUCCGAAGCCACUUUUGAUACAAACAACAAACCAGACCUCCUCCUUCUUCAUCAUGGGCAAAGUUCUUCUUGUUCUCUACGACGGCGGCGAGCACGCUCAACAAGAACCCAACCUCCUCGGAACCACUGAGAAUGAACUGGGUAUCCGCAAAUGGAUCGAGGACCAGGGUCACACUCUCGUCACCACCUCGGAUAAAGAAGGCGAGAACUCAAAGUUCGACCAGGAGCUCGUAGACGCUGAGGUCAUCAUCACCACUCCAUUCCAUCCCGGUUACCUCACAGCCGAGCGUCUCGCAAAGGCCAAGAAGCUCAAGCUCGCCGUCACAGCUGGUAUCGGGUCCGACCACGUCGACCUUGAUGCCGCCAACAAGACCAAUGGCGGAGUCACCGUUGCUGAAGUGACGGGAUCCAACGUCGUUUCCGUCGCCGAGCAUGUCAUCAUGACCAUUCUGACACUUGUGCGCAACUUCGUCCCCGCGCACGAGCAGAUCGCCUCUGGAGAUUGGAACGUUGCGGCCGUGGCUAAAAACGAGUACGAUCUCGAGAACAAGGUGGUGGGCACUGUUGCUGUAGGCCGCAUUGGCGAGCGUGUGCUCAGAAGGCUCAAGCCAUUCGAUUGCAAGGAGCUCCUCUACUUCGACUACCAGCCCCUUUCCCCCGAAAAGGAGAAGGAGAUUGGCUGCAGGCGCGUCGAGAACCUCGAGGAGAUGCUCGCACAGUGUGACGUUGUCACCAUCAACUGCCCGCUUCACGAGAAGACGCGCGGUCUGUUCAACAAGGACCUCAUCUCCAAGAUGAAGAAGGGCUCUUGGCUCGUCAACACCGCCCGUGGCGCCAUCGUCGUCAAGGAAGACGUCGCUGAUGCCCUCAAGUCCGGUCACCUCCGCGGCUACGGUGGUGACGUCUGGUUCCCGCAACCCGCACCCAAGGACCACCCUCUUCGCUACGCCCAGAACCCAUGGGGCGGAGGCAACGCCAUGGUCCCCCACAUGUCAGGUACCUCCAUCGAUGCGCAGAAGCGCUACGCUGCUGGAACCAAGGCUAUCCUCGACUCGUACUUCUCGGGUCGCGAGGACUACAAGCCUGAGGAUCUGAUUGUGCACAAGGGCGACUACGCCACCAAGGCGUACGGUCAGCGUGAGGGCAAGAAGCACGCCAAUGCUUAGAGGAUGAGAUUCCACCGAUGACUGAUUCUUGUUUCCUUGCUUGCUACCUUUUGCGCGAUGGAUAAGUUUUUCCUUCCAUCACGGUACGGCACGUCUGGUCUUUAUAUCACUUUUAUUCCCUUUACUUUCGGGGGAUUUGUCUCUAGAGGAGAUGAAUAUUGUAUAUAGCAUAACAUGAGAAAUGAACAUGAUACUUGAACAAGAAAUAGAAUAGGAUGCACACGUGCAGAAGAGAAAAACGCUGCGCUUUGAGGGAUGUCGUAAUCAACAUGGACAUCCCGUUUCAAACACCAAAAAAAUCACCAUAUAACCAUCCUCUCCGCCUCCUUCAUCUUCUUCUAAUACACCAACCCAACCCAACCCCAACAAGCAAACCUACCCAAACCACCUCCCCCUCCCAACCUCCUCAUCCCCAUCCUCACUCUCACUCUCACUCUCAUCCCGAAACCCCUCCUCCAACUCCCUACUCAACCUCCCCCCACCCUCGUCCCUCACACUCCC